AUGGUCACCAGCAACUUCAUCCAGGGCAUCUGCUUCCUCUCCCAGACUGCAGUGGGACUGGUCAGAAACUUCCUCCUCCUCAUGGUCCACAUCUUCCUGCUCCCCCUGAUCCAUGAGCCUAAGCCCACAGACUUUAUUGUCGCCCACCUGGCCCUGGUCAACAACAUGAUGCUCCUCACCAGGGUGGUCACGGAGACAGUGUCAGUCCUCGGUCUGUGGCAGCUCCAGACCGACGUCGGGUGUAAGAUGUUUGCAUUUGUCUAUCGUGCUAUGCGUGGCGUCUCCAUGGGCACCACCAGCCUCCUGAGCGUGAUCCAGGCCGUCACCGUCAGUCCCGGCCACCCCUCUUGGGCCUGGCUCAAAGCCCAGUUGGCCAAGCAUGUCUUCCCGGCCUGCAUCAUCAUCUGGCUCAUCAACCUGCUGGUGGAAGCCAACCUCCUCUUGAGGAUGGUUUCAUCCCCCAAUGUAACCAGCAGAGAGAAGAGGUUCCACGGCAACUACUGCAUGGUGUCCCGGAUCAGCACGUCCAUCAACACUCUGCUGCAGGGGCUGUUCCUGACCCUCAUGACAGUCCGCGAUGUCCUCUCCCUGGGGCUCAUGGGAAGCUCCAGCGGCUACAUGGUCCUCCUCCUCCUCCGCCACUGCUGGCGGGUCCGCCAUCUCCAUGGCCACCGCCUGACCCCCAGGACCUCGCCGGAGACGCGGGCCACCCAAACCAUCCUGCUCCUAGUGAGCUGCUUUGUGGCUUUUUACUCCGGAGACUUUGUCAUCUCUCUCUUCCUCGGGACAACCCGUAGAAAUGAUCCAUUCCUCUUGGUGAUUUCCCACUUUAUGGUCAGUGGUUACCCGACCCUCAGCCCCUUUGUGUUGCUCAACUGUCACCACCAGAUCACCAAAUUCCUGGGUUCUUUUUUAGGGAAAAAAUGA